UGUAACGUAACGUAUUCAGCUGUCAUUAGUCAAAACACAAAGCACGACCCGCAAAUAUUUAUCUCUUCAUUUUAAUUUAUCCAAUAAAAAUUAUAAAUUAACAAAAUAUAAGAUAACCAUGGUCAAAAAAGUGUUAAUGAUUUGUUUAGGUAACAUCUGCCGGUCUCCAAUUGCCGAAGCAGUAAUGCAAGAUACAAUUGAAAAAGCCGGUGUUGCCCAAGACUGGGAAGUCGACAGUGCUGGAAUUGGUGAUUGGCAUGCUGGAAAUUCACCCGAUUAUCGUGCUUUGAAUAUCAUGCGCAAUCACGGUCUAAAAUACUCAAAUCAUGCUCGACAAAUUCGCAAUGCAGAUUUUCAAGAAUUCGAUUAUAUUUUUGGAAUGGACGACGAGAAUAUGGAUGAUUUAAAUCGGCUAGCACCGAAAGGAUCCAAGGCAAAGUUAUUGAUGUUGGGUGAUUUUGGUUUAGAUAAAAAAGAUCGUAUUAUUAAAGAUCCUUAUUAUUUGAAAGGAGAAGCUGCUUUUGAAAAGGCUUAUCAACAAUGUGUGAUUGCUUGCGAUGCUUUUUUCAAAGAAGCUUUAGCUGGAAAAAUCUAAAUUUUAUAUAAAUUUUGUGAUUCUCUUCUGGGAAGUGAUUUAGCCAAAUAAAUUUUAUUGUUUCUUAUAAAAAAAAA